CCCUUUCGGCCUUUCCCUUUAUCAGAGUCACAGUUCACAGAACCCUGGUUCUAUGACUCUGUCUUUAUGUAACAAACAGCCAGACCAGAGCCCAGAGACCCAGAGCUAUUCGUCAGUCUUGGGCUACUCCGUAGUACGUGCUCCUUAAGACCUACUUCAUGCUAGAACUCUGCGGUCCACACAUCCAAGAGGACCUUGUUGUAGCUAAUAGCACGCUAAUAGGUAAAGCCAAUUUGCGGGAACGUCGUCUACCGUCUUCUGGUAGAGUGUGGCUUUUAGAAGUCAUUUUGAAAGAAAUCCAAUGGCAUAUCACUGUUAUGUUUUCUUAAUCUUCAUCGCCGCUUUACCGUCUUCAACUGUUGUGCACGUCAACAGGGGAGACGGCAGAUCGUAGUAGUGAUCCACUUGAUCUCUGUAGCUCAAUGUGAUAGUCAACAUGAGUGUGAAAUCCCAGCCUGGUGGGCUAUCAAGUUCAAAACUUAGGAAAGCAACAACUUCCAAGAUAUCAGAUGAUGGAUUGGAGGAGGAAAUGGAUGAGAAAGGAGUCAUCAAAAGGAAGUCUAGGAAUUUAAGUGAAAAGAAACGAAGAGACCAAUUCAAUAUACUAAUCAAUGAGCUGUGUUCUAUGGUUUGUACUGGGAAAAGAAAAAUGGAUAAAUCAACUAUUCUUAAAUCUGCCAUAUCAUUCAUUCGCAAUCACAAUCAAGCUACAAUGCAGUCUAAUUGCCAAGAAGCUGUUCAAGAAGAUUGGAAACCAUCAUUUUUGUCUAAUGAAGAAUUUACACAUUUAAUGUUAGAGGCCCUGGAUGAGUUUAUUAUUGUGUUUUCCUCUACCGGGAAGAUCUUGUAUGUUUCGGAAAACAUAACGUGCCUUUUGGGGCACAGUCCUAAUGACUUGAUAGGCUCUUCCCUUUCGGAUCUGGUCUGGGAAGAAGAGAAAAUUGUAGUAGAAUCUUUACUUGGCUCGUGGGGGGCUGAACAUGAAAACAGUCAAGGAGGCGGGAAUAAGGCGUGUAAAAUUACAGAAAAUCAUAUUAGUUUGAGUUGUCACCUACGUCGAGGAAAUGUUGUCGAUUCCAACGCAGAGGGCUCCAGUUAUGAAUUGGUGUUUUUCUCGGGUUAUUAUCGUGUCCAAGGCAACCCUGACAGUAUGUCCAUAUCUUCAAUGUCCCGAGUGUCGUCCUCCUGGGGAGAGGACAGCAAGGAAAGCACGAAUUUUGGCGAUGCAUUAUCUCAAUAUAACGGAUUGGUUUUCGUCGCCAGUGCCCGUUUACAGACCCCCCAGCUUUCUGUUGAAAUGUCUAUCGUAGAUGUUUCCAAGAGUGAAUUUACAUCGAGACACAGCCUAGAAUGGAAAUUUCUGUUUCUUGAUCAUCGGGGGCCUCCAAUCAUAGGUUAUCUUCCUUUUGAAGUUCUCGGGACAUCGGGUUACGAUUACUACCACGUUGACGACCUCGAGAAAGUUUCUACCUGUCAUGAAGCCCUAAUGCAGAAGGGGGAAGUUACUUCUUGCUGUUACCGUUUCCUGACCAAAGGUCAACAGUGGAUUUGGUUACAGACUAAAUAUUACAUCACAUAUCAUCAAUGGUAUUCCAAACCUGAAUUUAUAGUCUGCUCGCAUCGAGUUAUAAGUCAUAGUCAAGUUAAUGGACGUACGCUAAGAGCAGAAAGUGGAGAAGGUGAUCGCAUUCCUUCGACGGCCAACGUAUCCAAACCGUUAAAAUCUGAAAAAGUGGGUUCAUAUCUAGGAAAAAAUGCAAAAUCUGAUGACAGGAAUGUUUUUCAAGAAGAUACUAAAAGACAUCCGAAAAGAAACGUUUUUGGAAAUCAAUCGAAUCGUGAUCGCAUUAAAAGUAAUAGACAUGCUUUUACUCAGAAUUUACGGCAACAGCAAACACAUUCUUCGACAAGUGAUCUUCAGCCACCCGAGAGUCCAAGUGGAGAAUCGACUAUACUGAGACCGCCGCCGUUACCUAUCGCUGAAUCCAUGUCGCAACAUGUGCGUCAUCCAUCGGGAUCUUCACGAGUUGGAACUGCCUUAUCGGAUGCCGGAUCGAUUUCUAGUUCGGGUUCGUUUCAAUCGGCAGCGUCCAUGCAAUCAGACCAGUCUAUGCAUUCGAUACAUAGCCAUAGCUCCAUGCAGUCUGUUCAUGGUCAACAAGCACACCAAGGAACAUCCUCUUUUCGUUCCGCCAACCAAUCAUGUUCUGUGCACAGCUGUGUUAAUACGAAUCAUAAUCAUCAAAAUAAGCAAUCAGAAGCCCUGUUUCUUAGCCAACACGGAAUUUCUUCUGCAAACAGUAUGCAAAUUAGCAAUUCAAAUCAGCAAAUUCACACCCAGUCAAGAAUGGGAGAAGUGCAGUCCAAUUUUUCGCCAUCAACUCCAAUUUCUUCUGCUACGAUAUCAAAUGCUGGGCAUAGGUUCCUACAACCGCGCGUUAACAGCGGAUCUUCUGUGAGACGCGUGUUUUCGCCUGGUAGCGUCCCGGCUACGGUGACUUCGGCUAAUCCAGUUUCGAGUAGCGGGCCAUCUUUUACAUAUCAAUCGGUUGCGAUCGGAAUGGAUACUUCUGGAGUCACAGUCCCUGUUCAAAGAAUCAUAGAAGGGCUGCCUGUGGUGACUUUACCCGGCAUAGUCACUCACGAGCCAAUCGUAAUGACGGCGGCUCAGAGAGAAUUCCACGAGCGUUUGAAAAUGAAGCACUUGGAAAUUCAAAAAUCGAUUCUGGCCCAGCAAGAAGAAUUGCGACGUGUUGAGACGGAACUUCUACUAGCACAGUACGGAGCGUGGGGUCCUACCGUUCUGAAGAUGACGGUUCCCUAUGCUGAUAAUGAUGGAACUUCUUCUGCCACACAGCAAACUGUUUUGAGUACGGGCGAACUGGUGACUUGUUACACGACAGAAAAUACAAUACCUGCAGGUCAGCCGUCCUCUGCCCAGGUUGGUAAUUCGGGUACAGGGCAGAUGACGUUUUCUCCCGGCACGCCAAUUCUUGUCCAGAGUCCGCCUGAAAUGCAUGCCCGCAGUCCAGAAAGGGAUUUUCUCUCUCAUGAAAUUCAGAUACUACUUGCUCAGAGCCUGCUACAAGACAAUACCACAUCUACUGAAUACCUUCCGUGAAACGUAGUCUCGUCGGCGUCAGGGUCAAUCAAAAUGUUGUUGUUAUUAAUUGGCGCAUUUCACGUUGAACGCGUGAAUCUGGUAGUGUUGUCCAAGUGACGUUGAUCGACAAUCACAUUUGCGAUUUAAAGCUCGUUAUCGAUACAGCAUUUAAAACUGCUGCUAGAGAAUUUAACGCGACUGAUAGACGGUGCGUUAGGUGGAAUGUUAUUUUCACAAUAUAGAGAUGUCAGAUUUGUCGUUUCUUUUUUUAAAUUUGUUCAUUAAAGCUGGUGCUUCAAUAACAAAUGGAAAGUGUUAGGCCUAAUUUUUUGUAUGUCUAGAUGUGUUAAAUUUUGUUUUUGUUUUUUUUAUUUUUUCAAUUGUUGUUGAAAUUAAGGUUUCACAGUCUGUGUUUUAAUACUUUUAAAGAAUGAUGGUCACGUAUGGAAACAUUGCCAUAUCUGAAAACAAAUCAAUUAUUAGAUGUUUAUAAAUUUGUUUGUCAACUGUCGUAUCGGACGAGAAAGGGUACCGUCUAACAAUUCGCAGCUUGAGUCAGAGCUUUAUUGUCAACGUGAAUCACGCGGUUGAUUCCCAAAUCAUUUAUCUGUAUAUAUUGUCGACAAAGAUAGAUAUAUAUAUAUAUAUAUAUAUUCAUUGUUUCAAUUUUUGGGGGGCCGUACAUACUCCAUAAAUAGAUGGCCAAUUUUUGUGGAAUAUAAUCUGUUAUUUUCGUACUUUAGUUGAUCUAGGUGUCGAAAUAAAUAUAUACCAACCAACUUAAAAAAAAAAAAAAAACAUUGACGCCUUGUUAUCGUGUCUUAAUUAAAGUCGUCUGAUCAACUAUUGCACAGAGUUUUAAUGAACCCGCCCUUAGACUUGAAUUUUCUGCUGCCAGCAAAUUGGUGGUUCUCGAAAAUGCAGCUGACCCAUUCUAAAUGAAAAAGUAAGUCAUGGCAUGUGUGUUACGUUAGAUAUUUGGUAUGGUUCCAAUAGUUCCAACGUUUACGUCUAGGGAUCGCUAGCAUACCAGAGAAGUUUCACAAAAAUACGUCAUGACCUCUAGUUCCUCCUGUGACACCCUAGUCCCUACCCUUCAACGUCAGUGCAGAGAACUGGAGAUAAAGGAAGUCGGUUGGCCAUGUAGUGUAGUCGAGAAACUUGUGUGAUUAAAGAACAUAAACGAACCUUGUUCAGUAUUUGUGAACAUUCGCUACACCUAAAGCAGCUAUCGAAAAGUCACAGUGUACGUUUCGCUUGACGUAAAACAAAACGUAUCAAUAGCAAUGUGUUCGAUAAAGUUCGGCUGCUUGACGUAAAACUUGAUCAGAAACAUUAAUUACCGUUUCGACUGCGACGAGUAUCGAUUGGCUCUUCGUCUUAGCACUUGUAACCUUAACGAAGAUGACCUUGUACUGGCAGUGUUCAGACACAAAGCAUUAUUACUGUGCCCAGACAAAAGUGGGUUAGUGUUUACCUAGUCUCGUUUCCGUUCUUGAUUUCUAGACCUUUUGCUAAAGCUCGACUGUCUGAGAAAACAAGGCCUGUCAGCUGUUGUGUUGCACCGAGAUCAAGGCCAGCGUGGCAUAGAUGCUGGUUUUCAAAGGGAAAUAAAUCGGAUCAACGGAUUUUUUUUGGUGGGGGGUAUUGACAAAAGACGUGCAGUGUAAAGUACGUUGUGAUAUAAAAAUUAAAAAAAAAAAAAAAAACGAGGAAACCACCAAAGAAUGCUAGAUAGACUGUUGGACGUCUUGACUAGACUUGUUAAGACAAACACUUAUUGUGAAGCGACUAGAUACGGCAGAGAUGUAAAGCUAAUCUUUCCAUUAAAGUGACAUUGUAGCAACAUCGCGUUCGAUGCAUCGUAACAGUCAGACAAGUGCAAUCAGCUUAUAACAAAAAU